CGCCCGUGCGCCGCUGCGGACCCACGACUUUCUUCCGCUGCGCCGAACCGCGCGUCCACUUCGUUGACGCCAGCGGAUCCUUUCCACCGAGAUCAUGGUGAGACGAAGUGGAGUGGCGCACGCUGGAGCAGUGGGGCGCCAUGAAUGACAGGUUCCACAAGGCGGCCCGGGACGGCUACCUGGACCUGCUGAAGGAGGCGACGCGGAAGGACCUGAACGCUCCGGACGAAGAUGGGAUGACGCCGACGUUAUGGGCCGCUUACUACGGCAACCUGGAGGCUCUGCGGCUCAUUGUCUCUCGAGGAGGGAACCCUGAUAAAUGUGACAUUUGGGGCAACACUCCGCUCCACCUGUCAGCGGCGAAUGGUCAUCUCAACUGCCUUUUCUUCCUGGUGUCUUUCGGUGCCAACGUGUGGUGCUUGGACAACGACUACCACACGCCGUUGGACAUGGCCGCCAGCAAGAACCACAUGGACUGCGUUCGCUACCUGGACUCCAUCGCUGCCAAGCAGACCGGCCUCAAUGCCAAGCUGGUCAGCAAGCUGAAGGACAGGGCUUUCCGGGACGCCGAGCGGCGAAUCAAAGAGUGUCUGAAGAUGCAGAAGAAGCACCACAAACGCAUGGAGAAGAAGUUCAAUAAGGAGUCCUCUGAGCCGUCAGUGUCUGAUGCUAUGAGCUUUUCCAGUUAUACCGGUAGCUCUGUUAGCCAUAAGCUGCGGAACCUAAACGCAGCCACCGUCAGUGUGCCAUAUUCUCAGGCGACCCUCCACGCCACCAACCGAGGGAAGACGAAGAUCCAGAAAAAGCUGGAGAAAAGAAAACAAGGCGAUGGGACUUUUAAGAUUUACGAAGACGGGAGGAAGAGCGUCCGCUCUCUCUCGGGGCUGCAGCUGGGAAACGAUGUCAUGUUCCUCAAACAGGGGACCUAUGUGAACCCCAAGGAAUAUGGCCGCCGCAACAUUCGGGACAUGUUCCCCAGAGACAACGAUGAUGCCAUCUCACGUGCCAUUAGUGAACCGGACCUCCACGGAGCCAGUGUGGAAUACUCAGAGAUCAGCACGGAUUCCGGACAUGAUUCCCUCUUUAACCGGCCGGGUUUGGGAACCAUGGUUUUCAGGAGGAACUAUGUGAGUGGGGGGAUGUUUGACCUUGGGGCGCAGGAAGGAGAGCAGUCAGGAAACACGGUACGGCUACGUAGCAGGUUGCAACAAUACUCCGGUCUGGAUGAGGACAGUAUCGGCAGCGCGCACAGCCUGCAGGAGAGGAACGUGGAGGAGGUGCCCUGGGACGAAGUGGAGCUCGGACUGGACGAUGACGACGAAGCUGAGUCGAGUCCCCUGGAAGUCUUCUUGGCCUCUCAGCACAUGAGCGAGUUUCUCUCCAUAUUCAGGAGGGAGAAGAUCGAUCUGGAAGCAUUGCUGCUCUGCUCCGACAAUGACCUGAAGAGCAUCCACAUUCCGCUGGGACCGAGGAAGAAGAUCUUGGACGCUUGUAAGAGACGCCUGGAGACCAUCGAGGAGCCGGACUCGAUCGAGGACACAGAGUUGUGAAUAGUUGCUGCGGCUGAAGCUCACUCGCUGAAAGCUCCAGGAUCGGAGCUCUGAAGCACAUGUGAAGACAUGUUAGCGGCGCUACUGUGAGUCACUGAUUCUGAGCCAUCGUCCCUGCAUGGUUGAACAAACUGAACGGCAAUUGUCCGAGCUCACUGUUCCUCUGACAUGGAAGCUAACAGAGAGCCGAUUGUGGGGUCCGUGUCCCCGGAACUUGUUUGCCCCUGUGGGGCACACCCUCCCACGUCAUGUGCUUAAACGUGCCUUUUCUUUUGACUACAGCUGAAAAGUUACUCAGUAUAUACCUCUCGCUAGUUUGAAACUCAAAGCAGCGUGUUAAAAUCUGUCUCACUGCCAACGUCUGUGGAGAUUUACUAGCGCAACAUGAAGAUGAUGGACUGUAGCCUAUAUAGCUUCAGUCAAUAUAUAAAGUUUAUAGCUCUGUAGCUCUCACGAUCUAUGUUGUACUCCUCCAUGUUUUCACCAUGUACUACUGAUGCCAGUGUUAAAUUAUCAUUAAAUUUCAGGCUGAAGAUUUAUAGUGUGUCGUGGCUGUCAUUUUAUUAAAAAUAUAUUUUUUAAAAGUCGCCACACUGAUGCAACACAGUGACGCGACAAAUUCCUAAUUGUUAUAAGUCAAAACAUCUGGAGUGACCUUCUUCAAAUGUCAUCAUAAUUACGCUGUAUGUAGUCAUAAUUCCCUAAAUCGUGUAAAUAAACAGGAGCCUGAGUCAGCGCAGGCUAAGCGGAAUUCUAAGGCUUUUGUCACCGCGUGUGCAGACGGCGGAGUGGCCGUGUUUUGGCACACACAUGUGUAAUCCCCACAUGUUUCGCACAAGGCUGAGAACAGGAAGUUCCAAUACAAACGUUCCAUAACUCGCCGUCAGUUACAUAACACCCAUGAGGAAAUGCUCACUUUGAGUCGUGAGUCUAAAUUUAAAAACUUUCACCGCUGUGUUUUGGUUGUAAAAAUGUGAUGUCAUUUAAAGAGUGAAAUAAAGUUAUAGUUGCAGUCACUAGAACCACUGAGCUCCUCACCUGAAAAGGUCAAGGUUUGUAGCAUAAUUCAGGAUCAGUGAUGGAAUAAACCCAGGUUGUUUUCCUCACCAGGAUUCAAACCCAGUUCUCUGUAGUGCUCCUGCCUCACCUCUUAUCCUCCCACGAACUGUUGGCUUAUUUAACAGUCCAGUGAAUUUCCUUGGAUCGAUCCUCUUGCCAGGAAACGGCUCACCGCCACGCUGUUGUUUAUUGCGUCUGCGGGUUUGUUGACAGCAAACUCAGAAUCAGCAUUUUCUCCAGAGUCGUGGAUCAAAGCCCGUAUUCACGAUUAUGAUACAAAUAUGAAGAGUUGGUUAUUAGAAGAAAACAGUGUCAUGUUUACACUGGAUGAGGGAGGCUUCGGAGAACCCGGGUUUAUCCAGAGUGCAAGGAAGAAUUCAGCAAUGUGACGGAAAAUCCUGUGACCUGAUUCAGUAAACCUACAAAACAAGGUGAACUCAAAGUUAAAUAACACGUGAAUUAUACUUUUUUGUACUUUAAAAUGGGGCUAGUGUGAUACUUAACUUCUACCGUGAUGUGUACUGAUUUAAUUUUAUAUUUGUGGAUUCAAAUUUUAAAAUAAUAUUUUUUUUACCUCCCCUGGUUAAAAAUAUGGCAAGUGUGUACAAACACUGAGGUGGUUUGUUGAAGCGUAAUACUUUGUUUAUCCUGCAGAAGUUUUGGGUUAGUUGUUGGUAAGGUAUAAAAGGAGGGCAUUAAGGAUGAAAAAAUAGUUUCUAAAAUAGGAAGUUAUAUGAACAAUUGUCUCAUGAUUAUUACUGCAGUUUAUGAUGUUUGUACAUGAUGUAUCUUACUUUGAUGUCACUGUUUUUCAAGGUAUUGUGCACCUGCAUACAGUUGGAUAUAAAAAUAGAAAAAGUAAAUAAAUAAAAUAAAAAAGAAGUUCGGAGCUGUUUAUGAAAAUAAAAAGUAAGCUGUAUGACUCAUUCAAAUUGGGAAAUAGAUAUGAGAAAAAAUGAAGCCACUUGUAUUUUCCCAUGAAGGAGUUUAUUUGUCUUGAAAGAAGAGGCUUUGGGGGUGACACAAAUCAAACUGUCACUCAAAUGUUUGACUUCAUUUUAGACAACAACUCAGAGGGU